AUGAGGACAGAGGCACGACGGAAGAAUCUUCUCAUUUUGAUUUUGCAUUACUUAACACAAGAAGGAUAUAUCGACGCGGCCAAUGCUUUGGAGCAAGAAACCAAACUGGGGUUACAACGCUUUGAAGUUUGUGACAACAUUGAUCUUGAAACUAUUUUGAUGGAAUAUGAAAGCUAUUAUUUUGUGAAAUUUCAGAAAUACCCCAAAAUUGUCAAAAAGGCAUCAGACACAGCAGAAAAUAAUUUACCACAAAGAAGUGGAGGGAAGACCAGAAGGAUAACAAGUGACAAUUGUCAAAAUCUCCCCAAGAUCAAUCAGCAGAAGUCACGGCCCAAAACCACAGUGGGGAGGGCAGGGGACAUCAAAUCUCUCAAUAAGGACCAUCCCAAACAGGAGAUUGUCAAUAACACUCACACAGAGAGUGCUGACUUUGGCUUAAAUAUCUCAGGAAUCAGCAAAGGUAGUGGAGAAGGAAAUGCCCACCCACGAAAGGGCCAAGUCAUUGACUUCCGAGGGCUGCUCACAGAUGCUAUCAAAGGAGCAACUAGCGAACUAGCCUUGAACAGCUUCGAUUGUAACCCAGACCCCUCAGAACGGUUGCUGAAACCUCUGAGUGCAUUUAUUGGCAUGAACAGUGAGAUGCGAGAGUUGGCAGCCGUGGUGAGCCGGGACAUUUAUCUCCAUAAUCCAAACAUAAAGUGGAAUGACAUUAUUGGACUCGACGCAGCCAAGCAGUUAGUCAAAGAAGCUGUUGUGUACCCUAUAAGGUACCCACAGUUGUUUACUGGGAUUCUUUCCCCCUGGAAAGGACUGUUGCUUUAUGGCCCUCCAGGAACAGGAAAGACUUUAUUGGCCAAAGCUGUGGCUACUGAAUGUAAAACAACCUUCUUUAAUAUUUCUGCAUCUACCAUUGUCAGCAAAUGGAGAGGGGAUUCAGAAAAACUUGUUCGGGUAUUAUUUGAACUUGCCCGCUAUCAUGCCCCCUCCACAAUUUUCCUGGACGAGCUGGAGUCGGUGAUGAGUCAGAGAGGCAUGGCUCCUGGGGGAGAACAUGAGGGGAGCCUUCGGAUGAAGACAGAGCUACUGGUGCAGAUGGAUGGGCUGGCUCGCUCCGAAGAUCUCGUGUUUGUCUUAGCAGCCUCUAACCUGCCAUGGGAGCUGGAUUGUGCCAUGUUACGGCGCCUAGAGAAGAGGAUUCUGGUCGACCUUCCCAGCCAGGAGGCCCGGCAGGCCAUGAUCCACUACUGGCUGCCCCCUGUGAGCAAGAGCCAAGCCCUGGAGCUGCGGACGGAGCUGGAGUAUGGACUGCUGAGCCAGGAGACUGAGGGCUACUCGGGCUCAGAUAUUAAGCUUGUCUGCAGGGAGGCAGCCAUGCGGCCUGUGAGGAAAAUCUUCAAUACCCUUGAAAGUCACCAGUCAGAGAGCACCAGUCUACCUGCCAUCCAGCUGGAUACAGUGACCACUGCCGAUUUUUUGGAUGUGCUGGCCCAUACCAAGCCUUCAGCAAAGAAUCUGACUCAGAGAUACUCAGCCUGGCAAAGAGACUUUGAGUCUGUUUGA